AUGAGUACUACAAUUUUAGUGAUAUGGGCUUUAAUUGUCUUAGCCAGUACUAACGACAUUAUACUAAUAAACGAUAACGCAGGACAACAGGCAUUGGAUGCAAAAUACGAAGCCAGUCCUGCUAUAUGGCGACAGGAAAAAAACGUGACAUUUCAGGCGUCCAACGGUGAAAUAAUUAAUAAAAUAGUCGUUACUGAUAUGCGUCCCGACAAAGAUGGUGUCGCAGCUAUUGUUGCUGGCGGGAUAGGCCAAGAUAACGUUGUAAUCCAACUGCAAAGUCCUACUCUUUUAAGAGGAUUUGAUUAUCGCGUGCAAAUCUUUACGAUUGCUCGUAACAUUGGCCGCUCCAAUACUACAACAACAACAACCGCUCCCCAACGUCGUACUUUAUCCGUUACAGGACAUACUGAGGAAAAGGACAACACGACUGAAAUACUAAGAAAUACUAUAAAUACUGCAAACCAUCCCAGAAGUUUACUACCUACAGUUAAAAAAACUUCGGAAAGUCCCAAACAUAUUGCUACAUUUUCUAUGACUGACCAAACUGCUCAAACUAAAAGUAACGCAGUGCAAUCUAAAGACGAUAACGAAGAUCAGAAUACAUCAGAAAAUGGCAAUAUAAAUACAUCUAAGAUUAAAGCAGAUUCAUUCAAAUCUGAACCUAACGAUGGUAAAGGUGUCCAAUCCACUGAAAAACCAAGACGUAAGAGAGAUACACCAACAAUAACAAAUGGACAGCAGGACCUGACAAAUCAGUGGAAUAACAAAAACCAGAACAUUUCUGCCCAACCUGAGAAACCCAAACAAGAUGGUCCCUCUACUCUUUCUCCUAGCAGCCUAAGGCGUAUUGGUGAUCCUCAAGACAAAUUUGAUGAAACAGGAACACACACAACACAAAGUGAAGAAGGUUUUAGAAAAUUAAGUACAACUCAGACACCAAGAAGAGCUCGAAACGUUAAAGUUAAAAACAUCGAAAGUACAACAACUAAACCAAAACCACAAAAUUUGAACACGAGCAAUAAAUCGGAAGAACAAACAGGUGUAAAACUACGUACGUUGUUGACAUCUAGUACUGAAAAUAACAACGAUGUAAAAGACACGAGCACAACUCCGGCUCCAAAAAGUCGUCGAGGUACUGUAGAUAAAAACAUCGAAAGUGCAACAACUAAACCAAUACCACAAAAUUUUAACACGAGCAAUAAAUCGGAAGAACAAACUGGUGUAAAACUACGUACGUUUUUGAAACCGAGUACUGAAAAUAACAACGAUGUAAAAGACACGAGUACAAUUUCGGCUCCAAAAAGUCGUCGAGGAACUGAAGUUAAACAUUUCGAAAGUACAACAAUUGAACCAAUAAUACCACAAAAUGUUAACACAAGCAAUAAACCAAACGAAGAAACUGAUGCUAAUCUACCUAUUUACUAUUACAAAGCCGAAAUAGAAGAACUUAAGACUACUUAUAACUAA